CGGGCAAUAGUGCGGUGCUGCUUAGGCUUUCUGCGAGCCAUUGCAAGACAAUAUCUAAUAGAGAAGGAGAAGCUGAUGUACUCCUGGAGACAAUUGUCUGCCUGUUAUUGCCCCAUACUGAGGGCUUGUUUGGAGGAGAAUCGUGGAUACGUGCAUUGUGCUGCGUGAAUUGUACGCCGGGAUUUGAUAAUAAAUUCAUAUCUAUGUGCUGCUGUUGACACCAGCUGCUUGCUCACACUCGCUCUCUAACUGUAUUAACUGUCAUACAGACUUCUGUAAUGACCUGUCAGACCUUAUUCCCCACUUAUGCCUCUUCAUAUUAAUGCGAUUUGACAAUCAUAAGAUAGCCCUAUGUAUGGCCAGCGUUUAAUGUUGUGAUGCAGCUGUAAAAGACAAAAUGACUUUAUGGAAAUAAUAAAACUUCAUCAAGUCACUAGCUCGUACUGCAUUAUUUUCCCAGCCAGUUUCAUUGCUUUGCUGUCAAUGAUAAGUCAAGAUUUGGUCAGUUGGAUGAUGAGAAACCUGGAUGUGGAUGAUCAAACAGAGGCAUUGCAUCUGGGAUCCUUGAUGUCUGCUCACGGCUAUUUCUUCCCCAUAGAUGAUCACGUCCUUACUGUCAAGAAUGACAACACAUACUACCGGUUUCAGACUCCUUGUUUUUGGCCCUCACGGAGUGGGGAACCAGAAAACACGGAUUAUGCUGUCUAUUUAUGCAAGCGUACAAUGCAAAACAAACAGAGGCUGGAGCUGGCAGACUAUGAGGCAGAAAAUCUAGCCCGUUUGCAGAAAAUGUUCUCACGAAAGUGGGAAUUCAUUUUCAUGCAAGCUGAGGCCCAGGCAAAAGUUGAUAAAAAGAGAGACAAAUUAGAAAGAAAAGUUCUAGACAGUCAAGAAAGAGCAUUUUGGGAUGUGCACAGGCCUGUGCCUGGCUGUGUAAAUACGACAGAAGUGGAUAUUAAAAAAGCAUGUAGAAUGAAUAGACAUUCAAAGAUGACAAGGCCAAAUUAUGCUGUGCCAGGUGGUAGAAUAAGUCCCAGUGUCUCAGAAGCUGACCUACAUAACCCCCAAGAAUCGCUCAAAUAUGAUGUCAUUCGAGAUAAUAUCGAUGUUUUACGACAAAAGCUGGAGAAGCGGAGGGUAAAAAUAUCAAAAGUAGCUGAAAGUUAUAUUGCAUAUUAUGAGCAGUAUUCGGAGUUCGAUGCCUUUAUAACCACCCCUGAUCCUAGCAACCCAUGGGUGUCAGACAACACCGAGUUCUGGGAUUACGAAAAAACUAUGAACCCCAAAGAUAUUCCACAAAGACGGGUCAAAAGAUGGAGUUUCUGCAUACAGGAGUUAAUACAAGACCCAGCUGGUAAAGAUCAUUUUAGCAAAUUUUUGGAUAAAGAAUUCAGCGGAGAAAACCUCAAGUUUUGGCUAGCUUGUCAAGAACUUAAAGGUUUAUCCAACAGUGAGGUCCAGGCAAAGGUCCAAGAAAUAUUCAGUGAAUUUUUAGCUCCUGGCUGCCACAAUCCAGUCAAUGUGGACAGUCGAGUAGCUGAGGCUGUGAGAUCACGAGUAGAAACUUGCCCUAAUAGGUUCUGUUUUGAAGAAGCCGAGGAACAUAUUUUCAAAUUGAUGAAGAGUGACAGCUAUAGUCGCUAUCUUCGGUCAGAUAUGUACAAAGAAUUCAUGAGCGGAACAAGGAAAAAAGUAAGAUUCUUGCCGUCUUUGGCAGGCAACUUUGUUUUGUCUAAACAUACCUCAAGCUCGUAGCUGCGACCCUUGCAUUUCAACGUUGUCCUGGUCACAUGUGCACGAGUCCUGACAGGUGUGACUUGUCACGACCCUUGUCUGAUGGAGUUUCACAGUCUUACUCACCACAACCUGUCUCAUUCAGCCCAACUGAUUCUUUCCAUUAUCUUAGCUGGUUUGCUGCAUAGACAAAUUCAAAUUUCAGCUUUGAUGGUAUUGUAGUCAAUUUGUAUAUCACACUGAAACUUUUUUCCCCAUCUUUGGGUAUUUUUUUUAGUGUCUGUUUUGUUCGCUCCACACAUUGUUUGAGAUUCUCUUGUUUACCACGAAAUACUCAGUUACUGUGUAAUUGAAGUUAAGGAGCACCUUUUAUUGAAAACCACUAAAAAACUUAAUUUGAAGGAUUUUUUUGUUUGUUUUCUUGCUCACUAAAGUUUUUAUGUGUGGCUUGGGUUCUUUUGCAGUUUUUUUUAUUAUUAAAUUACAAGUGAAUUAAUUCAGUGAAGCCACUUGCUUAGCACAUUUUAUUCAUUGUGUUGUUAAAUUUCACUAGAACAUUGGAGUCUGAAAACUGUACAUUUUGUAAAAAAAAUAUGAAGUAAUAUGGUAAAUCUUGCUCUGCCUGGCCUCUCCAGGUGAUAUAAAGUGGUACAGUAGUCUGGUAAUGUGGAUGUACUCUGUUACUGGGUGAUAUAUAAUGAACGUCACAUAAACUGCCUGGCAUGUAUGUGUCUGCUACAUAUAGAGCACUGUUAAAUACCACUGUAUGUAUGUACAUGUAUGUAUGUAUGUAUUGUACAAAGUUGUAGGUAAGAGGUGCCCCCUAAUUAUAAUAGGGCAGUCCAUAGAAUUGAACUGGAGUUUGUUCUUCAAUUAACGGGUCUAAAUGUGUUACGGUCCAAACACCAAAGCUCUAUGCGUAACCUGUAAAUACAUGUACAUAUGAAUGUAGCUGUCUGUGUAUACAUAGACAUAGGAGAGAUCCUGUGAGUGUUGUGAACAGAAAUGCUCUGUUUUUAUUUUCCUUUACUCUACUUGCUGGCAAGAUUUGAUUCCUUUUUUGCUGUCACACGGUAUAAGUGCCAAGUGAGAAAGCGUGGACACUAUCUUGUUUUGAAAUCUGUUCAGUUGAGAAAAAUAUCUAAAUUUUUAAAGAUUUGAAUUUUCAUUAUUAAACCUUACCUUGAAGAAAGUAAGACUUAGAAAACUAGUUGCUUAAAGUAUGGCUAUGUAUGUACUGAACCAUUGAACUGAUCUGCUGAAAACAAGAAAUGUUUCCUCAAAGUAAUUUAAGCAGAAUUCUGUAAAAACUGCUAUACUGACAUGUGAUACGCGUGACACGUCACAAUAAGCAUCAUGUUCAAUGGGCAUGUCUUUUUAUGUUAAUCAGACUUGCUGUCCCUUCGAUGAUUGAUCCAAAUUCAUCAGUCAUCUGGCUAAUGUCAUUGUUUAUAACAUCUUGUGUUUAGAUGAGGAUUUUCUCCAAAGAAAAGUACUGUAUUUCACCUAAAUUUGUCAUUUUUCACGGCACACACGUCACUUGAUUCUAAUUGAUUCAUUCACCUUACAGGACAACCUAAGAGUUUUUGUGAAAUUUAAUUAAUUUGAAAAAAUGUUGUUUUACGGUCUUCAUGUUCUGCUGAAAGUGAAUUACAAACCAACUUCAAGUGAAAAACGGUAACCCCAAGGGAAGUAACUCUAAUGCACAGUCAAUGCUUUGGUUCAGCGAUGACAUGUUGUUUUAGCACACUUAUUCUGCUGUGACAGUAAGUAAGAAAUCAAAGCUGUAAUCUGGUAAGGAAUAUUUUCAUCACUCAGAGGGUGUUAAGCAAGAAGCAAUCAGGUAGUAAUCUGAGUUGUGAAUGUAAAUGUUAGUAUUUAUGUAGGAAAUGCACGACCAUAAUGUAAAUACUCAUGGGAAAAAUGGAGGGGAUAGAUCGAGUGCAAGAGUGUUCAGUGUGAUAAUAUUUCAUGUGUAUGUUGAUAUGUACAUGAACUGAACAUCGUCACAUUGGCAGUAACCCUCUGUCGAUUUUUGUCCAUCUUCAGUCCAAUGCUGGGAGUUUUCUGGUAAAUUUUUGUGCCAAUUUAUAACCUUCACGAAUAUUUGCUCACAUCUGUCAUCUGUCAGGUUGUGGUUUGCACUGGCCAGGGUUCACUUAUUCCUGCCCCUCCUCUCCCCCCUACCCCCCCCCCAGUCCUCCGCAAGUUUUCUCACUCAUCUAUUGUCACAGGGUGUGUUUAAUUCCUUCUACAUGUACUUGACUGAACAGUUAGUGUGCUGCAUGAUUCUUGUUCCCUGUACAUUGGGCUGGGAAAUUCCUGUAGCCUGUCGAAUGAUUACUCACCACUUCUCUGUUCUGUUGUUCAGUCACCAUUCCGGACUGCUGAUUCACGGGUUACCUUUUGUAUCUGAUUCUCUGUUUGAUUGGAUCUGGCUUUAUUUGGAUUACCUGACGGGGUUGCUGAUUAGCUUUUGUUACAAACAAGGUUUUUGUCGUCUUUGAAGGGUUAUUGAUAGGUACAUUUUUGUAUUGCAGACAGUUCAGUGAUUUGCUGUUUUGUUCCAGCGGGUCUGGAAUGGAUUAAACACUGAAAGCAUCAGACAGUCUUGUGGUCAUGUUUUUUUUUUAGUUGAAACAAGAAAGGAUUUCAUGUUCUACAGAUAUGAUGUACAUUAACCCAUCACUCUAGUCCCCAUCCCUUAAGAUGGCAUAGUAUUCUUAAGUUCUGGUGCAGCUAAUUAGGACUCAAUACUUACAGUACUAAUUUGCGGUUUAAAUACUUACGUUGAUGCUUUGUUUUUUUUUUUCUGAGUUAGGGUUUAUCAAAAUUUCUUAUUUUGUAUGGCUUGCCCUUUGGUAUAGAUUGCUUGAAUCAGUGGUAUGGUUAUUUGGCAGAGUUUACAUAUAAAACGUAGGCCAUCAUUAAAAGUAUGUUUGUUGGACAUAACUUAAUUAACCCUCCAGAAAGAAGGGCCCCAACCCUAAAUCAUCAACCUUUUUCACAGUUGAAUGAGCAGUCUUUAGUAUGUUGAAAAGGUUGAAAAUGGUUUAGAGAUUAGAAUCUGAUUGCAAGUGAUCAACGAUAGAAAAGUUUUUUCAAAUGUGGGAAAGGUUUCUGCAGUAAAGGGUUAGUCUCCUUGAUAUAUCAGGAGGAGUUAAUCUGAUUCGUUCUGUACCUGCUUUCAUGGUGAGUGAUAAGUGCUUCUUGAUGUGGUGUUGAAAUGGAUAUGUGAACGUUCAUACUUGAGCUUUGAAGGGUUUAGGAAACGUGUCUACACUUGUGUUGAUGGAACUGUAGAUACAUCUAGAAGGGAUGUCAUUUAGUGGCGUUGAAUGAAUGGAAGAGGAAACUGUGUUGGUAAUUAAGAAUAAGUAAAAGGUUUAGGAAAAAUGGCGUAGGAAUGCUGAACAUGUACUAAGAAAAUGUGGUAGGAUGUGAAAAACUUUCUGCUUGGAAGAAUAUCUAGUUCUGUUGAAGAUGAUCCAACCGUUGUGAUAGAACAUCUUGGUUAGAGAAGGGUUUUGUUUAGGUGUAAGUUGUCCAUCUUUUCUACAUUAGUGGUUUGAGUCAAACCAGUUUAGUUUCUGCUGAUGAAAAAAAGCACUCGCUACAGACUUAGGGGUUUACCUGUUCAAGAUUCUAAGUGGGUACGUAUUUAGGAAGCUGUUGCAUUGUUGUUGUUUGAGGGAAUGUUGUAUGUCAUAAAGGAGUCAUUGACACCAAUUGUAACCUUGUUGGGUAUCUCCCAUAUGACAUAAAAUAUGUCAGACAUAUUUUAGUGCACCUUGAUCCAAACUUUCAGGUUAAAUAUAAAGGAAAGUACCUGCCAACAGAUUUGCCUCUUAACUGUAGUUUUCCACUUAUCGACCUUUGAUUGCAUGUCUCAUUUCUCGGUUUGGAAGGUUUAUUCUUGGCACUUUGAUUGGAGGAGGAUGACUUUCAUAUUGAAUGUUUUUUUGUUGGUUUUCUCCUCACCAUCUGUCAAAUUGAUGUAUUUAUUUCCAACUAUGAUUAAUGGAAAAUUGGUUAGAACUCUGUAAAUAAGUGUGUAAAUGCACGUGGAUAACAUUUUGUUCCAAAUUCAUACUUGUUUGAUUGUUAUUCAGAAUUGGAAAUUCUAAUGCUUAUGGAAAGAGUAAUUCACCUUAUUUUAAUGUUCCAUAUAAAAAGGGCAAUGUUAAAAAUAAAUGCCACAGAUUCUUAGACAAUAUUUCUGCGGGAUGCCAGUUUCUGUAGAAGUUACUUAUUGUUUUGCCUUAUUUUGCUUAUGAUAGUAGCUGUGACAUUGGAUGAAUAUCUUUAUUUUCCAUGAAUGAGGAAUAUUAGGCUGCAUUUCUGGAAGAUAGUGAAGCAGAUGGAUUGCCUUGAUUGAUAUUAUAGCACUUGGUUGAGAAUUAAUUGCCUUUGAAAAGUUUGGGUUCUUAUUAUCUUUGAGUUGCCAAUAUACUCCCAUGUGACAUCACAGAUUUCUGAACAGUUUUGUUUGCUGUUAACUUCUGUUUCUCAAUAGCAGCAGCAGUUCUUAACACUGAAACCAUAUACACAUAGCUAAAAUAAUCAGCGUACAACUAAUUGUCAGGCAUGUUGUUGCUUUACCUCUUGUUUCUAGAUGACUAAUCUCGGCAUUUUCUCUUAUUUCUGUGCAGCAGCCCAGAUCCAUAAUCCCAAAGCUGCCGAGCUUAAACCUUGGAGGGCAGUAAAUGGCGGAGUGGCCACACCCAACUGCCUCGCACCACUCCUCGCUUUGGCCACCACCCAUCCUACUAUGCUGGCCCAUCUAAUCACACUCUUGCCCACUUGCCAUCAGUUUUUUUUCUUUUUUUUAUACGAUUUUUUCAUUUUGCCUGUGCCUGCCUUCCAAUCUGUUGUAUAGAACUGUUCGUGUGCACCUAAAUACUUCCAUCUUACUUUAUAUUCACGUAGAGAUUUACACUUGUAACUGCGUUGUAGUUUUGGUAUUGUCUCUUUUUUUGUGUUCUUUACAUUGGCUGUUUACCAUUGCACAUUUUUUAUAGCCUUGCUGUCUUAAUACAUUUUAAUUGAGCUCUUGAUGACUUGAAGUUACAUUUUGUAGCUAUUUGUUUUGGCUCUUCUUUUGUGCCUAGUAUUAAAGUUAGCACUUCUGUCCACUAUAGAUUAGGGUGCAGUGUGGGGUUGAUGGGCCUGGAACUUGCCAUGGCUGUAAUCAGUACUUUGAUCUUUUGCUCUUUGCAGAGUAAAAAGCGUUUGGAGAUUCGCAAAGUUUGAUUGUGAUAUUCUACUCUAAGGGAGCUAUCUUCACUCAGUGUAAUGCUGAUUCUCCAGCCAGCUACCAGGGGGAGCUCUCCAUAAAGCUUCCUUGUGAUCCGUCUGACCCAGUAAUUGUUUUCUGGCAUCCAGGAGUAAACUGACUCGUAAGGUCCGGAGAGUUAGGGACUUGUUUCCCAAGGUGCACCAGUGGCAGGGUCUGCUGUCCAUGUAGCAGGGUUUAGGUGUGAUGCUCCACCCUGGGGCUCUCCAGAAGUGAUGGUGAUAGGGCUGUCAAGCAGAACAGUCGCUCUAUAGAUUGACACCAUACUCUCUCAUGUACAUUAGGGUCGGACAUACUCAGACCCCUUUCUCCAGUCAUGCUCUCCAACUUAACACGAUGUUAUAUUACCAGUGGUACCACAUGGCAUAGCCAUAUUUCAUGGUUUCACACAUUUUCAAAAGUUUGGGACUUGCAGCAAUAUUUAACUAUGUUGGACAUACUUACAUUGUGUAAAUAUACAUAAAUAGCAGUUUGUUUGUUUUUUUUGGAGGGGGGGGGGGUAAAAUUUGCUGAACAUGCAAAUUGGAAUCACAAUGACCCUGAUUUUGUCUUCAUUUAAAUCAUUUUGUUGAUGAAAGACAAGAUCUACCAGAGUUGUUAAAGUUAGGCCAAUUGGCCAAUGGGUUUACUGUUUUAUGUAGAAAGGUAUAUCUUCCUUUGUUCAUAUGAUCUCAUCAUUGUAUUGUUAAGUGUUUCAUGAAGAUGCUGAAGGUGUUUUUUUUUUAUUUUUUAUGGAUUAAAUUAUUAUUUGCUGUUAUCGCUGUUUAGACUGAAUAUUUUGAAAAAAAAGCUGUGGCAGUGGAAGCAUUCGUUUGAUUUCUAGCUACAUGUAUAGUCAUGACAUGUCUAGUCGUUUCUUUUUAUACUUUUGAAGUGGAAUGCUCAGUUAAAUACAGUAUUUUUGUUUUUUUGAUCAAAGCCUAAUUCUGAGACUUUGUUGGCCAUGCUUUGGAUUGUUUGAACUCUGAACUGUGUACCAUCAGUUGUGUGCGAAAAACAUGUAUUGCAUGGAAAGUACAAUACUUAUCCUCUGAGGAAAUGGGGUCGACAGAGGUUGCACAUCCGGUGGGACCCAAGGACAUCUGCUGGUGGACAGACUAGAUCCAAGGCUGGAUUAAAACAGCAGAAUGGAACUGUGUGAGCGAAAGAGUGAUUGAGAAUGUCACAAGUCUUCAUCAGCGUCCACUAUACCUCAACAUUGACCAACCCUCAAAUUUACGACACAGAACCUCUAUCAAGGACUGUUCAUACUUAGCAAUUGCUCAAAAAAUAUUUUUUAUUAUUUCCGAAUAAUGGAAGAUUUAUCCAAAUCAUAAGCAGUACAUGUUAUAAAAUCAAACUUUGUUUUGUUUUCAUAUUGAUUUUUCCCCUGUACGUCUCCUUUUCCAUGGCUUGAAUGUUUGUUUUGGGGAUGCAUUGUUACACUAAAAACUGUCUACGUGUGACUUGUACAAGUGUUAUAAUGACAGUGGAGAGAUUGUGUCUCCUUGCAUGUUCCUCGUUAAUGAGACAGUGUACAGGAGGUAACAGACGUAUGUAUCUUCUGAAGUAUCGUUUAUGUAUGUAGCAGUAUAGUUUUCUCAAGCUGCCUAAUUGUCUCUUAUAAUCUUAGCCCAACUGUAGACUCUCCUGGAACUGUCAAGCGUACAGUCUAAUUUACAAGACUUGAAUGCUGUUAUCUUGUUUCUUUACCAAACAUAUCCGCGAGUCCAGUAGACAGUCUGUUGCCGAACAGCAAAUCCUGUAGACAGCAGGUGGCUGAAAAAUCAAUUCCAGUGCACAGAGAUUUGCUGAACAGCGAGUCAAGUGUAUAGUGUUUUGCUGAGCAGCGAGUCAAGUGUACAGUGUUUUGCUGAACAGCGAUUCAAGUGUAUAGUGUUUUGCUGAGCAGCGAGUCCAAUGUACAGUGUUUUACUGAAUAAUUCUUAGGUUUUCAUGACUCCGAAAGUUAUGCAACGCCGCUUAAUUUUGGUUCAUAUCCCAAUGCAGGUGCUAUUAAUUGUUAAAAGCUUCAAACAGUUGUUGUCACCUUUACCAGGAUAAUAUAGAGGGGAGACUCGAUGUAUUGGAGCUAGAGUAAGUAGCCUAGUUGGUGAGUUUCUGUGUACAUUGCAACUUUUUAGCCACACGAUCUUCAUCCAGUAGUUAUUCUUCUUGAACAACGAUGUUAAGAUUUACGUUUUCCGGUCGUUAUAGAAUCGAUCUGAAUGAAUGUCUCUUUCAAGACUGGACUUAUGCCGUUUCCAGGAUUCCAAGACGCCACUUCAGAAACGGUGGGACAGAUUUUGUGUCUUAUUUGCGCCUGUAUCUCACACCCAUUGCUCGCUGUUUGGUGUAUGUGGGCCAGUGUGACCGGUCUCUGUACUGGGGUUUUGUAUAGAGAUGUAGACAAUCAUUAUCGAUGGAAUCGACAGCCUCAUUGGGCUAUUACUCAACGUGUUCAUUUCUGUAGUGUAUUUGCAGAAUAGUAUGGUGAAAUAAAACAUCAGGAAUGCUUAUGCCCAAGCUGCUGUCAAAAAAGGUUCACUGUUAAUAAAUAAUUUAAUAAACAGUAGCUGUUUAUUAGCUACUAAACACAAUUU